CCCAAAUAUCUUUUUAUACGUCAUCGUCAUCGUCUUCUUCAUCUUCAUUCUUUCUCUCUCUCUGCAAAUCACUUUUCGCUUUUUUGUUCAAUCCCUCCAUUUCCGCUUCUGUCAGUCAACUGUUACUGAUCAUUUUCAUUACCCUCUUCAACCACCGCUCUCUCUUUUUCCAUAAAAACCACACGAACAAUUCUCAUCUCUCUGCAACUCCCCACUCUCGCCGCCGGUGAGAUUUUUCUCCAUUUGCACCGUCGCCGGCGAGAUUUAUCUUCAUGGUACUCGAGUAACAUGGCGCGAUUAGCUGAACGGAUUUCCAGAAGUGGGCUUUCUAGAUACUCGUUGUUGUGACAGCAAUUUGAGUUCUGUUGCUGGAAUGGCUUCCACGAAUUCACCGCCUAACAUUGAACCUUCUGCGUUGACGGAAGAUUUGGCGGCGAAGGCUUUGAAUAAACGGUAUGAGUGCCUUGUGACUGUUCGAACAAAGGCCAUAAAGGGGAAAGGAGCUUGGUAUUGGGCUCAUUUGGAGCCUGUUCUGAUACGAAAUCCCAGCACUAGCCUUCCGAAGGCGGUGAAGCUCAAGUGUUCGCUGUGCGAUGCCGUUUUCUCGGCUUCGAACCCUUCGCGGACUGCAUCUGAGCAUCUGAAACGAGGCACUUGUCCCAAUUUGAGCUCCAUUUCUAGGUCUAACGCCUCGCCCUCGCCGUUGCCUAUAUCGUCGAUCCCUUCUCCCACAUUGCACAACCACAAGAAGCGAAGCUCUCAAAUGAAAAUGAGUGCUCCCGUUCUCACUGCUUCCUAUCAAGUUCACUCUCUAGCCAUGAUCGAGCCGACGCGAUCCUAUGCUCCGCUGAUUUCCUCGCCAGUGGCUCAAAAUCCGCUUGGGAUGGCGGGUAAGGCAGGCUUGAAUCAGCACCAGUUGGUGUUAUCGGGAGGGAAAGAUGAUUUGGGUGCACUAGAAAUGCUGGAAAAUAGUGUCAAGAAACUCAAGAGUCCACAUGCCUCACCUGGACCAAGGCUGAGUAAGGAACAAAUAGAUUCUGCAAUCGAGUUACUAACCGAUUGGUUUAUCGAGUCAUGUGGGUCAGUGUCGCUUUCCUGCCUUGAGCAUCCCAAGUUUAAAGCCAUGCUUAAUCAGUUGGGUCUGCCUUCAUUACCACGGACUGACAUUUUAGGAGCUCGACUGGACACCAAGUUUGAGGAGGCGAAAGCAGAUUCAGACGCCAGGAUUAGAGAUGCAAUGUUUUUUCAAAUUGCUUCAGAUGGGUGGAAGAAUAAGAACUGCUGUGGUUACUAUUGUGGCGAAGAGAGUAUAGUUAAAUUUAUGGUCAAUCUUCCAAAUGGUACUACCGUGUUCCAAAAAGCACUAUUUACAGGGGGAUUGAUGUCAUCCAAGUAUGCGGAGGAAGUUAUAUUGGAUACGGUCAAUGAAAUUUGUGGGAGUGGUCUGCAGAGAUGUGUGGGGAUAAUUGCAGAUAGGUACAAGGCCAAGGCGUUGAGGAAUUUGGAGAUAAAGAAUCAUUGGAUGGUAAAUCUCUCUUGCCAGCUUCAGGGUAUUCUUAGUUUGAUAAAGGAUUUUAACAAAGAGCUUCCACUUUUCAGGAUAGUCACUGAAAAUUGCUUGAAGGUUGCAAACUUUGUAAAUACCAAAUCUCAAAUUAGGAAUUGUUUAAACAAGUACAAGGUGCAGGAGCUAGAGGGUCACUGGUUGCUUCAUGUUCCUUCGCCAAACUGUGAUACAUCCAAAAACUUCUCACCUGUUUAUUCUAUGCUUGAUGAUAUGCUUAACUGUGCUCAUGUGCUUCAAAUGGUUGUGUUAGACGAGUCCUAUAAGCUGGGAUGCAUGGAGGAUCCACUAGCCUCUGAGAUUUCUAGUCUGAUACAAAAUGAACGCUUUUGGGAUGAAAUGGAGGCAGCUCACUCACUUGUAAAGAUGAUCCGAGGGAUGGCUCAAGAGAUUGAAGUGGAAAGGCCGCUGAUUGGGCAAUGCUUGCCUCUCUGGGAGGAGCUGAGAACAAAAGUGAAGGAAUGGUGUGGUAAGUUCAGCAUUGCUGAAGGGCCAGUGGAGAAAAUUCUAGAAAAGCGGUUUAGAAAAAAUUAUCACCCAGCCUGGUCAGCUGCGUUUAUACUGGACCCGCUUUACUUGAGGAGGGACAUAAAUGGGAAAUAUCUUCCACCCUUCAAGUGCCUUUCGCAGGAGCAGGAAAAGGAUGUGGAUUCACUCAUUAAUCGGUUGGUGUCCAGGGAAGAAGCCCAUGUCGCAUUCGUGGAGCUUGCGAAAUGGAGAUCUGAAGGGCUAGACCCACUUUAUGCUCAGGCAGUUCAGGUUAAACAACGAGACCCUUUAACUGGAAAGAUGAAAAUUGUCAACCCACAGAGUAGGCGACUUGUCUGGGAAACUUGCCUAAGCGAGUUCAAGACCCUUGGUAAGGUGGCACUCCGGCUUAUUUUCCUUCAUUCAACAUCUUGUGGCUACAAGUGUAAAUGUUCUGUCAUGAAUUUGGUUUGCUCACAUCGCCACUCGAGGGUCGGCUUGGAGAGAGCUCAGAAGAUGGUGUUUGUUGCAGCUCAUGCCAAACUUGAAAGGAGAGACUUCUCUAACGAGGAAGACAGAGAUGCAGAACUAUUUGCAAUGACAGAUGGUGAAAAUGACAUGCUCAAUGAGGUCUUUUCUGAUGCACCCUCAAUUACAGUGCUGAAUGUGUUUGAUCAAAACCAAACCUGAGUUGCUUGAAGUCAACCUCGGACUAGGUACCAUAUCUUUGCAGCUGAAGAUGCACUUCGCUGAAAUCCCAGAUAUAUCUCCUGUUGUGCCUACUUAUGUUACUUUCUGAGCCCCACUGUGAGGAGUGGAUAUCUAUCUCAAUGCUGUUGUAGAUGUCAUACUCAAGAAAAGACACUUACAAGAGUUAUUGGUUAGCCUUGGCAUGAUUGCUAAAAAAGUCUUGAGCAAAGGGCAAGCAAAGAGGGCUGUCGGCAUGAGUAUGCACAUAACAAGGCCGAAAGGGAUGUAGCAACGAACUUGAAUUGAUGUUGCAUGUAUGGUUCAGAAAACAACUUUGACAACACAAAGCAGGUUGAAAUUGAUCUAGGAGAAUGGAGGAGGUUCUACUUCUAGAUCUCAAAGGAACCACUAGUCAGUAUGCUAAAUGUUCCAAGUAUCUUUUAUGAUGUGAAAUAUGGGUGGUGAUUGGUGAUUGGUGAUUGGUGAUUGGUGGAAAGAAAUGGGAUUUGCUUCAAUUAGUGCAAUGAAAUCUCACCUAAAAGGGCAACAGUUUUGAGAUUAUCUCAAUGAUUUUAGGAAUGUCACUAUGCAUUUUCCCAUCAUACCCCUUCCCACCAAACCUUCAUUUAAUUGGUUCUGUGGCCCCCAUCCCAAGAGGGAAAAAUAAAAUAAAAUAAAAGGAAGUGUAUUUAAAAAGUUUGGUGGAGGCUAAGAGACAAUUUGGUUGGCAAGAGUUUGAGGUCUUUUGAUCCUAUUAACUUAGAAGUCUCAAGUUCGAAUUUUUCGGUGAGCAUAUACUAAAAAUCAUUGAUGUCUCCUGAGUUUGGACCUCAAGGAGGACGUGGGUGCUCGAGUAUAGGAGAGUAAUGCUUCACUCCAAAAAAAGCUAGGUGGAGAUUGAGAUUGAGAUUGAGAUUUCAAAAUACCACCUAUUAAAACCCCAAUUAAUCUUUUUAUUUUUAUUUUUCUUUAAGAACAAUUAU